CUAGUUUUUUUUGGGUCUCACAUUUCUAUGAUGUUUCCACCUUUGAUUUUAAGCAUUUUCGAACACUAGAAUAUUCUCAGGCGAGAUUUCUUCCUCGAAACAUGUCGUGUUUCGAUAAUGAUGUGAUUGUAUGAAAAUAGUGAUUUAUUACCUUUGAAUUCAAGUACACAUUUUCAUUUUCUUCUCUUUGUUUAUCGGUUGCAUUAUUAUGAUGCUAUUUACCACCCCUUGAAUGCGCUACACCUUGUUAUUUUUCCUUCUCGUUGCCUAAUUAUGCACGGCUUAAAUUUUUUAAUCUCAUUGGUAAAGCAACAAUGCUAAUAGUAUUUCAUUUUUUUUUUCUUAUUCUUUCCCUUUCUCUGCAAUAAAUUCCCGUCGCAUUCUCUUGGCUGCAUUUGUUCUGGAGUGGUCCAAACGUAAGAUUCCUUUUUCUUGAUUGGUAAAAAAUUUGUGAGCUAUUUAAGGUCACGAACUUUGAGAAUGAAUUAUUGUUAUUGUAAACGAAAGUAAUACUCCCUCCGUCCCGGACUACUUGCACUUAUUUCCUUUCUGGGCGUUCCAAGUUAUUUGCACUCUUUCCAUUUUUAGUAAAAAUUAUCACUUACAGCCGCAAUUGUUGACUUUGCUAUACACUCAUUCCUUAAUCUCCGUGCCGAAAAGGAAAUAUGCGAGUAGUCCGGGACGGAGUGAGUAAUUUAAUAAUAAUUUAGUUAUGAAUAAAAGUUAUCGUUCCUAUGAAUAACAACAUGACCAUGCCGGCCGUUACUUAUUUGUUAUUUCCAAUAUACUUACCGUUGACGCCAAAAUAAUUCAUUUUCUUCUACGUAAACGUCUUAAUAAAUUAUUCACUAGCAUACUGAAAUUAAUUUUGUAUUUAGUGAUAAAUUUCUACUCUAUUGCCUAUCACGGAUUUAAUAACAUGGCCCGAAAAGUCAUUCUUGGUGGACAAUUAUAUUGAAAACGAUAUUCUUUAAGAAGAGUUGAUUGCAGUUUUAUCUCUGAUUCUCUAUCAAUUAAGACGAUUUGUAUUACUGAAAGUGAAUGAUUGUUGUUAUGCUUUUGUGUUGUUAUAUUUCAUUUUCAUACUAUUACAAGUGAAGAUUUACUUGUCUUUUAACUUGUAAGGAUUGUCAUUUCCAUAUAUAGGUCUUGAGUAAUUUUCCAAGGUUUUUAAUUUCAUAUUUAAUGAAUAAUUUAAUAUUUGUUCCCAUGUGAACUAAAAAAAGCAAUCUGGUGCUUGAGCCAUUGAUCUGUGUAUAUCAACAAUUAUUAAAAAAAUGUUUUACAAAAUCUUAGCCUAAAAGACAUUAUUGAAUAUUUGAAUAUACCAUACACAAAAUAUUUAAAGGAAACAUAAUUGUUUAUGAUUAAUGUAGUUUCUAAAAAUAUGAAACAUAAUUACAAAAACAAAUUCCAACAUAACCUCCCUUAUAUAAUAAUAAUAAUAAUAAUAAUAAUAAUAAUAUUAUUAUUAUUAUUAUUAUCUUCAUCCAAUAAUAUGUGUUUCACUGUUAUUCAGCAUAAAUUUUAGGAAUGUAUAAUAAAUGAAAUGAAUUAAUAGAAUAUGUGAUGUAUAUAUACUUAUAUAAUAAUUGCAGAUAAAUUAAAAUAGAAAAAUGAGACAUUGCGUCUUAACGAGGGAAGAAGUAUUAUUUAGUCAAAUAUGACCAAACAAUAUAGAACAAAUCACCCAAUGCAUGAACAACAAAAAGUGUUUAUAAGGGAAUCUUCCAAUAAAGUGAUAAUCCCUUCAAAAGAAUCACCUGCAUAAAUAGAAUAUUCACAACUAAUACCAGCCUGCAAUAACUCAAAUCCAAGACACAAAAUCCAUAACAACAUCAAGAAUUGCAAUAAAAAAUGAACCUCAACCAUCAUCACUCUUAAAAUUUAUUGUUUUCAUAGCAACGACGACUUCCCCAAUCUCUCCAUUUGGCAGUUGCUGCUUCACUCUCACACACUACACUCAGUAAUAAAUAAAUCAUCAUCCUCAAUCUCAAUCAAUCAAAUCCCAACUUAGCAAAUCACAAAAUUGAAAAACCCUCAGUUUAAAUCCCCAUUUUCCACACACCCUUUUUCCCUCCCACCUCUAAAAAUCCAAUCUUUUCAAAUGGGCGCCGGCGAUCAAGAAUCCGGCAACCUCCCGCCGGAAACCGCUGUGAAACCCUCCCUCCUCCGCCACAAUUCCCCUCUAAUCCAGGUGAUACUGAUCGGAUUCGUGUGCUUCUGCUGCCCCGGCAUGUUCAACGCCCUCUCCGGCAUGGGCGCCGGCGGCCAGGUCGACCCCACCGCCGCCAACAACGCCAACACCGCCCUCUACACCACCUUCGCCGUCUUCGGCGUCCUCGGCGGCGGAAUCUAUAACAUCCUCGGCCCCAAGCUCACCCUCGUCUGCGGCUGCUCCACCUACGUCCUCUACGCCGGCUCCUUCCUCUACUACAACCACUACCAGCACCAGGCCUUCGCCAUCUUCGCCGGCGCCCUUCUCGGGAUCGGCGCCGGCCUCCUGUGGACGGCGCAGGGGGCCAUCAUGACCUCCUACCCGCCCCACGACAGAAAAGGUACCUACAUUGCCUUGUUUUGGAGCAUUUUCAAUUUAGGUGGAGUGAUUGGAGGCCUAAUUCCAUUUGCAAUGAAUUUCCAUAGAACUGAGGCAAGAUCAGUCAAUGAUGGCACCUACAUUGGCUUCAUGGUCUUUAUGUCAAUUGGGACUUUGCUAUCUCUCUCAAUUCUCCACCCGAGCCGCGUCGUUCGUGACGACGGGUCAAGGUGCACCAACAUCAAGUACUCGAGCGUGGGGGUCGAGGCUCGGGCGAUUUCCCGGCUGUUUCUCGACUGGAGGAUGCUUCUAAUGGUGCCUGCUUCUUGGGGCAGCAACUUCUUCUAUAAUUACCAAUUCAACAAUGUGAAUGGGGCAUUGUUCAAUCUUAGGACACGGGGUUUGAACAAUGUCUUUUACUGGGGUGCUCAGAUGAUUGGUUCUGUCUUGAUUGGUUAUGUAAUGGAUUUUAGUUUUCGGAGUCGGCGGGCCCGGGGACUGUUGGGCGUCGCGGUCGUUGCGGUGGCGGGGACGGCUAUUUGGGGCGGGGGGCUGGCGAAUCAGCUCGGUUAUGACCGGAGCGACGUGCGUUUGAAGCGUAUCCGGCUACUCGAUUUCAGGAGUGGGAGUGGCUUUGCUGGGCCUUUUGUGUUGUAUUUCUGCUAUGGUUUGCUUGAUGCCAUGUUUCAGAGCAUGGUGUAUUGGGUGAUUGGGGCAUUGGCUGAUGACACUGAGAUUCUUAGCAGGUUUACGGGGUUCUAUAAGGGCGUGCAGAGCGCGGGGGCAGCUGUGGCGUGGCAGAUCGACUCGCACAACAUCCCGUUUUUGAACGAGCUGGCGACGAAUUGGGCACUUAUGACGAUAAGUUAUCCGUUGCUGGUUCUGUUGAUCGUGAAAGCUGUGAAGGAUGACGAUGAAGUUGAUGGAAAAUCGAAGGGAGACGGGACGAUCGUCCCCGGGAUCCAUUGAUGGUUUUUUUUUUGGUGUUGGGAUUGAAUGUUUUGCACCUAGGGUUGUUGGUGCUUGUUCAUUCUUGUGGAACAUUAACGUGUUCCACUGGAAUAAGUGUGUGUGAUUGUUUUUGUAACGGUCGGCUUUGGUUCCGGAAAUGCUGAAACUAUAACAGGAUCGUAAGUUGAUGAUAUUAGGGACCAAGUUUUAAGUUCGUGGAAAAAUAUCAAAUUUUACCAAAA